CUGAUCUUCUCUUUGUUGAAGUUCUUAUCAUUUUUAGCCGAUCAUCGUUCGCUUGAUUCGAGCUGAGAUUUAGGCUUUCAAUCGCUAUUGUGUUCUUGAUCCUUUUGUAAUUUUUUUCUGCAUUUAAUCUCGUUCGAUCAGAAACCCUGAGAUUGGAGAAGAUUUAGGGUUUUUCCCCUCUUUCAUCUUCAUCAUAUUGAUCUUAUACCUAUUCCCCUCUACUGUUUACUGUGAGUUUUUGGUUUCCUUUUCCAUAAGACUAUAAUUAUCGAUUCCAAUUUCCGCUUUUGUGUGAGGAUUUUUGUUCGAAUUCGUCGUCUUGAUAAAGAUGUUGGAGAAGAUUGGAUUGCCUCCGAAGCCAUCAGUAAGAGGAAAUAAUUGGGUGAUCGAUGCGUCACAUUGCCAAGGAUGCUCUUCACAGUUCACUUUUAUCAAUCGCAAGCAUCAUUGCCGAAGAUGUGGGGGGUUGUUCUGUGGAAGUUGUACCCAGCAAAGAAUGUACUUACGAGGUCAAGGUGAAUCACCUGUUCGUAUUUGUGAACCCUGUAAAACUUUAGAAGAGGCAGCUCGUUUUGAAAUGCGAUAUGGACACAAGAAUAAAUCUAAAAGAGGGGCUCCAAAACUUGCAUCCGAUUAUGAGGAUGAUGUCUUGACCAAAGUUCUCGGUGACGGUGGAAAUGAAUCGGUUUCAUCAGAUAAAGAGUCGGUUCACUCGCUGCAACGAGCCACAAGUGCAUCAUGUUCGAAUAAUGACAUGGAGCUUGACCUCGAGUCAACUACUCCCGAAGAACUGAGACAACGAGCGGUGGAGGAAAAGAAAAAGUAUAAAGUUUUGAAAGCGGAAGGAAAGCCCGAAGAAGCCUUGAGGGCUUUUAAAAGGGGAAAAGAGCUCGAAAGACAAGCUGGAACUCUCGAGAUCGAAUUGAGAAAAAACCGUAGGAAGGCUCUUUCAUCGAGCAGUGCAAAUGAGAGCACAAAGGUUGGAGUGGGAAAACAGCCGAAAGAAAAGGAUGAUCUCGUUAGCGAACUCAGAGAACUUGGAUGGUCGGAUCUUGAUCUUCAUGAUGCUGAUAAAAAGCCCGUAAGCAUGACCUUGGAGGGCGAAUUAUCGACCCUACUCAAAGAAGUCUCUCAGAAGACUACUAAUCCCGAAAAGGGUAGUUUCGGUAUCGACAAAUCUGAGGUUGUUGCUAUCAAGAAAAAUGCACUCGCUCUUAAACGUGAAGGGAAGCUUGCUGAAGCCAAAGAAGAACUUAAGAGAGCCAAAAUACUCGAAAAGCAGAUUGAAGAACGGGAAUUGUUGGGUGAUGAUGAAGAUUCUGACGAUGAGUUCUCGUUGUUGGUUCGUAGCAUGGGUAUUGAUAAACAUGACGUUUUAGCAACUGGGAAUGAUCGGGAUCGUAACUUUGACUUUGACCAUCUUCUUCGUAUGGACGAUGUUCCCAAUAUCGAUGGUAACUUUGAAGUGACCGAAGAAGAUAUGGACGACCCCGAAAUAUCAGCCGCUUUGCAAUCUUUAGGCUGGACUGAAGAUCAUGCGGUUGAUAAUAAGGAGGCACGGUUAAGCGAAAUACGGUCGUUGAAAUUAGAAGCACUUAACAAGAAACGAGCCGGUAACACCGCAGAGGCGAUGGCAUUGCUAAAAAAGGCAAAAUUGCUUGAAUCCGAUCAAGAAAAUGAUGGUUUGCAUCAAGGUUCCGCAGCUGCACCGUUGAAACUCGAUUCAGACCGUAAAACGGCACCGAAAAGCAAGUUAGCGAUUCAACGAGAGCUUCUUGCUUUGAAAAAGAAAGCUCUUGCUUUACGGAGGGAAGGGAAAACGGAUGAGGCCGAUCAAGAAUUAAUGAACGGGAAAGCUCUCGAACAGCAACUCGAAGAGUUGGAAAACGGUCCGAAAGUCAAACCAGCAGCAACUAAGGGUAUUGACCUUUCUGCACCGAUGGACGUUCAAGAUGAAGGCGAGGAUGUGACUGACACCGAUAUGAACGAUCCAUCGUAUCUAUCGCUUUUACAGAAUUUGGGUUGGAAAGACGAAGAUGAUGGAAAAGUUGAAGCAGCGGCCGAGCCCGAACCACCAAAACGGAAAAGUAAAACCGAGAUUCAAAGGGAGCUUUUGGCACUAAAACGAAAAUCGCUCGCUUUGAGACGCCAAGGAAACGUCGAUGAGGCCGAAGAAGUUCUUCAAAAGACGAAAAAUUUAGAAUCCCAGUUGGCGGAAAUGGAUGUUGAUAGAAAUGCAGGCGGAGAAACAGUCGUUAGCGAGGUUUUCAUGGCAGAAAAGGAUGUUGAUAGAAGUGCAGGUGGAGAAACAGUCGUUAGCGAGGUUUUCAUGGUGGAAAAGCCUCAAACAAGUACCGUUGCUGCGGUUUUUGUAGACGAUAAACCUCGAGUUGAUGCACACGAGUCUGGCUCAGUCCAACAGCGUAUCUUGGCUCACAAGCGAAAAGCGGUCAGUCUGAAGCGAGAAGGAAGGAUAGCCGAAGCUAAGGAGGAGCUAAAGCAGGCUAAACUUCUCGAGAAAGAGAAUACGACCAUGGAGAACAAGAACCUGGAUUCGGAAACGGGCGAACGAACUCCGGUUCCAAGUACGAGCAAAACAAACGGUUCGGAUGUGGUGCACGACACCAGGAAGGAGGAAACCGAUGAUUCGCCGCCUAAACUGUCAUCUCGUGACCGAUUCAAGUUGCAGCAGGAAUCAUUAAGCCACAAGAGGCAAGCACUUAAGCUGAGAAGGGAAGGUCGGACUGAGGAAGCGGAUGCUGAGUUUGAAUUGGCCAAGAAUCUCGAAAGUCAACUCGAAGCCGCCAACGAGUCAACGAAACCAGCAAGAAACGUCGAUGACGUCAGCGUCGAGGAUCUUCUUGAUCCUCAACUUUUAUCCGCUCUUAGAGAAGUAGGAAUAGAAUCUUCUCCGCCUGAAAAGGCUAAACCGGUGGUCAACAAGAUUCCGGCAGAGGCUGCCACUGCCAAACUGGUGAUCAAUAAGCCGGCAGAGGCUGCCACGGCCAAGCCGGUGAUCAAUAAGCCGGCAGAGGCUGCCACGGCCAAACCGGUGAUCAAUAAGCCUGAGACCGCAAACGAAGAUAGAACGGAGCUGGAAGAGCGGAUCAAGGCGGAGAAGGUGAAGGCGGUGAAGUUGAAACGUGCGGGAAAGCAAGCGGAGGCGUUGGAUGCGCUUCGACGAGCAAAAUUGCUCGAAAAGAAGCUAAUUUCGUUAGCGUAAAACCGAGGUUUUCGACCGUUUUAAACGGUGUAUUGUUGAAUCGAUAUGAAAUUUUUGAUUCAUAAAUUGUUCCACAACUCUUUUGAGGAAUAAAAUUUGGAUUUAUGUAUCAAAAUGUAACGAAGUUUGUAAUAAAUUCUAUUCAGUGUAACGAUUAAUAUCUGUUCUUUA